UUCAGUUUCGUUUCAAAGUCAGAGAAACUUCAAGUAGUUGGAAAGGUAUGAAACAGAAAUAAGAAGUAUAAAAUAAAUAUUAAACUAAAUUAUACAAAAAUGUUCGGCCAUUAUAAGCAAAGUUAUAGAUAAACAGAGCAAAAUAACCUGCUAAAAAAGCUGUUCAAAUCCAUUGUAAAAUUCAACCCACCAACAGUACCAACAAGAUAAACACAAAAUGACGUUAUUAUGUAUAUUAUUUCAUCAAACGACAAUUUUCUGUUGACAUUAGUUACACACCUUUACAUUAAGCCCUUGAGUUGUAAAACUAAUUUAACAAACACCGGUAAUUUGCCGCACUAUAAAUUUUGAAAUUAUUUUAUUUGCGUGGUAGUUAUUUCCAACAAUUUCAAUAAAUGGUUCGUUUUGCAUUCAACAAUGUUUUCUUUCAAAACGAUCAUUACAAUUGACUCAAUUGAACAUAUAGUCUAGCGGUUUCCUGUGAUUUCAUCUUUUAUCAGUGUUUUCAUUUCUGGCAGCACGCUGUUGUAUAUGUUUCUGUUGUAUAUGUUUCUGUUGUUAUGUUUUCUCCAAUGUUAGUAGUAUUAAAAUUGUUACAUGGUGUUUUUCAUCACAACAUGUGUUUGACAACAUUGUUAUGGUUAGGUAAUAAUUACUUGGAAAUAGAGAAGUAGGGAGGAGUCAGACAAAGUAUAGCUGAUACAUCUCUACUAAAAAAACAAACAAACGAAAUACCGUAAGUACUUUCCCAUCACUGAGAGUAUAACAACUGAUUUUUAUGUUUUAUUUUUACUCUGUUCGAUGAUCUAAGACGUAGAAGUAUAGCUCUGCUCGUCAAAAUGACGAGAACAACCUGGAUAGCAUUAAGCUUUUUUUUACUUGCUUUAUUUUGGAAUACAGGUAAUGUGCUACUUCUAUAUCCUAUCCCCUGUCAAAUUACAACCUUUUUUUAUUACGUUAUGUAGCAAGUUUUUAGGUGUAUGGAUAGUUUUACUGAUAGUUUUAUCACUUUUUAAAAUAUUUUUCUUAGAAUGCGCCUACAAAUAUUACGAAUACCAAGAUGAUAUUGAAGACGCAGUUAAUGAAGCAUUCAAGAUUAAUGACGACUACAAUGAUGAGGUUGAUAACGUUAAUGAUGAGAAUGAUGAGGAUGCUGACGACGACAAAGAUGACGAUGAUGAUGGUGCAGAUGUUAUCGAUGACCAAGUUGUGCAAGACUUCAGGACAUGGCAGUUACAGUGCCACCGAACCCAUAAUUGCAAAACUGGUAUUUCUAUACAGAGAUACAAUUAUGACUUGUGGUGUUCCAUUUGCUCCAAAUCGGAAUAUAAAAAAAGAUUUAGGACAACGAAAGCUCCAAGUGUUACUGCACAGAAACGAAGAAGACGAUGUUCAUCUUCUCAUAUUUGGGUUGGUAUGAAUUGUGAAAAAAUUGAGAAACAAAUAAGAAACAAAAGAAAUGAUGUGUAUAUAAAAUAGUGUGAAAAUAUACUAUUGUUAAUAAUGGAAACUUUUACAAUCUCUAAACGUGGUUUUGGAGUACAGUCGACACUCGAUAUCCCGAACUCCGUUAUCUCGAGCUUUAGCUGUCUCCAACUAUUUUUCCGUACCCUUCAGCUCAUUUUAUCACUUUAUCCUGAAUUUACAUUUGUGAAUUUUUGGUAGUAUUUUAUGUUUUUUUUGCAGAUAAUAAUUUGACUAAUUCUCUUUAAAGCAUUGUUUUUUCUUUUAGUA